UGCAAAUUAUUGGACAUUUAGAGGCAAACAGACGCACAGUGCAAACUUCGGAGAUGGUUACAUCCACAAAGAAGACCCCGACAAAGAGAAAGUGUGCCCGAACGACUUAUUUCAUUGGAGGCAACGAGAUCUGCAAGAAUACUUUUCUGUUUCUUAUGGGGUCUAACCACUAACUGAGGUCUAAACCAGGACUAAAACAAGACUAAACCAGGAAGUACAGAUACAAGCUCUAAACAUUGGCAGAGACACCCUGGCUGAUAUAGUCAAACACUAUGAGGAGAAUGGGGCAAGACCACGUUUGAGGAAGAAGCACUCAUUGCCACGUCCACCAGCCAGGUUCAUCAGCCCUGAGGAUAUCAACAGAGUUGUGGACUUCAUAAAACACUAUGCAGAAGACAAUGCCAUCAUGCUGCCUGGCCGACAGCCUGGGCAUAAGGAUUGGCAUGUGAAGUUGCUGCCAACUCAUGUGUCCAAGGCCUCAGUGUGGCGUCUCUACGUGAAGUCUGCUAAGGAGCUUGGUGAGCGUGCAGUUUGUAAAACCAGCUUCAAAGCACUGUGGAACCGACUUCUCCCACACAUCAAAAGUUGCCGGCCACGCACAGAUCUCUGCUGGCAGUGCCAAAGCAAUAACGAGCAGCUGAUACGAAGUGCAAACCUCCCAGAUGAUAGAAAGUCUGAAGCAGUAAAGAAGCAACAAGAUCAUCUUUCCCUUGUGCAGAAAGAGAGGGCUGUGUACAACGACAUGACUGCUGCCUGCAGAAAGAUUUGCUCUGGCUCCAACCUGUCUUUUGGACCAUCCCUACCAGCAAGCAAGAAGAUUAGGAUGCAUUACAGUUUUGAUUUUGCUCAGCAGUUACACUUUCCCUCAAACCCUCUCCAGCCAGGACCAAUGUACUUCCUGACCCCACGGAAAUGUGGCCUAUUUGGUGUUUCAUGUGAAGGGCUGCAGAAACAGGUGAAUUACCUGAUUGAUGAAGGCAUGUCAUCUACUAAGGGAAGCAAUGAAGUCAUCAGCUACAUGCAUCAUUUCUUCGGCAACUUUGGAGUUGGAGAAACAGAGGUGGAUCUUCAUUGUGACAACUGCAGUGGGCAGAACAAGAACAACUUCAUGCUCUGGUACCUUGCCUGGCGGGUUGGACACAAGCUUCACGAUAAAAUUGAAAUCCACUUCCUUAUUGCUGGCCACACCAAGUUUUCCCCUGACUGUGGCUUUGGACUCAUCAAGCAAGCCUACAUGAAGACAAGAGUCAACACUUUGGCAGACAUCGCUGAGGUUGUGGAAAACAGCUCUCCUGUGAGUCACCUCAAUAUCCCACAGCUUGUUGGAACGGCAGAGGGCAAAGUUUUAGUCCAGACCUUCGACUGGCAGCAGCAUCUGACUUCGCCACUUCCCUUUGAAGCCAAGAGACCAGGUGUGGUGCUUGCAAAAAGUCACCGUGAUGCACAACCUGUCGAAUAUCAGCUACUGCGCGACGGAGCAGAUCUGCCCCCUGUCGACGGUCUUCCUGUCCUGGCCCCACCUGGACUGAAAAUUGACAGGCAGACCUAUCUAUAUGAAAAAAUCAGGCCAUUCUGUGCUGGCGAGGCAAGAGACAUCACAUGCCCAGCGCCAAGGGUCACAACACAGAAGAGUCCACAGAAGAGGAUGCUGAAUGGCAAAAGUUUGAUUAGCCCAACCCUUUGA